AUGAUCAACUCGGUUGAAUGUCCAGAGAUGAGUACUCAGGAUAUCAUCGGUUUCGUCGAGGGGUGUACGGUCGAUACCAUGCAUGCCAUGCUGGACGAACCCCCCGCAGAGGCUGCCGAACCCUUCUUAGAACGUUGUAGCUUUGACCAAGCAAAUCAGAACGUGUGCAGCCAAUGCAACGCAUUUCAAACAUGCGACUCUAACCAAUGUGUCACCGUAGGCUCCGCUUGCGGCUAUGGAUGUAGUCCACUCGAACAGGGGUCGUGUGACGAGGCAAACAAUGUGUGCGUGUGUACCGCUGACUAUGUUGGCGAGCACUGUGAACUCGCUGUCAGCCCUUGCACCUCACACCCGUGCGAGAAUGGGGGCACGUGCAUCGCGGAAGGGUUACAGCCCAUGUGUAGUUGUCCGGAUGGGUUUGUGGGCGUGUCGUGUCAGUUGUGCCCGCUCUGCACAAACAGGAAGGAGGAAUCUUCCACCGGACGGAUUGUAUAGAUAGAGGUGUACACGGAGUGUGUAGAAUAACUCGGAUAUUAAAAUCUCAACACGCAGGAGGGUUACAAUUCGAGAAUACGCGGAGCGGACGGGGACUUUCAAACAGACUUCGAGGUUUGACUGAUGUACCGGAAAUGGGCUGCUCGUAGUUGUAUGAAAGUGUGCGCACCUUAGAUGAUCUUGUAUAUAAUAUAGUGAUGUCGGCUAUCAGUUGGUUUCUUUGCCCAGGGCAACUUACGGCGGCUAAGUCAACCAAAACACACAAAAAUAGAAAUUUUAGAAACCAGAAUAUAACACAGAGACAUUUUUUAUGUUUCUCCAGAAAGUAGUAAAGGGACGUUCUUUACUACGUUCGUCACAGAAAGUAAUAAAGGGACAAAUAAACUACGUUUGUCCAGAAAGCAUA